AUGGCCUCAAUGUUUACUGUACUAUUAUUGUUUGUAUGGUGUUUCUCUGAGCUUCAUACUGGAAUUGGAGUACAAAAAUUAUCAAGAGAAGAAGAUCUCGAAUUGGAGAAGCAACUCAAACUUUUGAAUAAGCCUGCUGUCACAACUAUUAAGACAAUACAAGGAGAAAAAUAUGGAUGUGUAGAUUUUUACAAACAACCAGCGUUUGAUCAUCCAGCAUUGAGGAACCACAGUUAUUAUCCUGAGAUGAGACCGAGUUCAUAUCCUAAGGGGAUAAUAUAUGAAGAGUCCUUAACGAGUCAUCAACCAUUCAAUAAUAUAUGGAAAAACGGUAAGGGAUGUCCAGCCGGUACUGUUCCUAUGAAGAAAAUAACUAAAGAUCAUCUUAUCAAAGCCCGAUUGGCCACGAAAAUAUAUGCUAAAACAUAUGAGCCCCUCACAAUUCAAGAACCGGGCACACAUUAUACUAUAUUGUACACAAAUCGUGGCACGGGAAAGAAGUUCAAUGGAGGAGGAAUGGAAACCGCUGUAUACAACCCACAACCAGUCACUACCUCUCAAUAUAGCUCUUCUCAAAUAAAGAUCGCAAAUGGUGGAGAUAGUAUAGAAGUUGGAUGGACGGCAGGUGCAUCACGUUGUUUUAAUACAUUUUGUCCUGGAUUUGUUAUUGUUCGACAAGAUAUUCCCCUUGAUCAGAUUCUUGAACCAAUUUCUAAGAGGGAUGAACGCAUAUAUGGAAAAACACUCCACAUUCACCGGGAUCCUCCAAAUGGGAACUGGUGGCUUGACGUUGAUAAGAAUCUGACCCAAGUUGGAUUUUGGCCAAAACAUAUUUUCACAGGGUUGGCAGAUCUCGCAACCUAUGUAGAAUGGGGAGGAAAAGCAUAUAGUCCUCCAACAAUUCCUAGUCCUUCAAUGGGUGCAGGGUUUAGGUUGGAAAAAGAUAUAUUUAAAGAUUCAUUUUGUAGAUAUGUAACUACUAUAAAUGAAGCUUCUGAAAUUGUUGAUGCUACAGAGACCUCAACCUAUGCAGAUGUCAAAGAAUAUGACAUUGUGGAUGCAGGAUUUAUUAAACCACAUAGACAUCUUAUCUAUUAUGGCGGCCCUGGUGCUCACGUGGGAAAAUAG